UCUCCGCAUUUACUCGACAAGAAAUCUCUUGAAAAAAGAAAUAUUUUUUUGCAGGAGAGAAACAAGAGGAUUACAAAAAUGACAAAGGUGUCGGGUCGCAUAUCGUGGGAAUCUCUGUCCACAACACAAAUCCGCAAUUCUCCAAUCCAGAGUCCACGCUCCAUGCCCGAAAGCAAACGGGGGCUGAGGAGCAAGCCAUGAAGAGAAAACCUCGAGGAGCCGCCGCCGCCGGCGACGCAGGCUGCACCCGCGGCGAGGCCUCCGGAAGCUCUGAAGGUGAAGGUCUGGUUGAGAGGCUCCCCGAGGCGCUCCUGGUGGAGGUGCUCGGCCGGCUGGAGGUGGACGACGCCUGCUCGGCCGCCGCGUCCUGCCGGGCGCUCCACGGCGCCGCCGCCGCCGCCAUCUCCUCCAUCACAACCAUCGACCUAUCCGCAUUUGCUCCGUCGAACGCGAUCCUGAGCAGGAUUCUCGAGGGGAAUGGCGAGGUCCGCAGCCUCACCGUCAAUUGCAGCCUCCUCGACGACUCCUCUGCCUCUGUCAUCGCGAAGGGUAGCCUCCGCGAGCUCUCGCUGCUGAAGUGCUCGUUCACGUUGAGUUUCUUUAUGGCUAUUGGUGAGAGAUGCCGCGAUUUAAGAUCACUGAAGCUGGAGGUGGCAGUUGCUCCAGAAGUACUAUAUUCUCGUUAUUCUGGAUUCAGUACUUGCCUAGCACCUAUCUAUGCGGGAUGCAUUUACUUGGAGAGUAACCUCAAGGAACUGUUGCUGCAACCUGUGUCUCAUUCGCGGGCAAAGACGGUCUUCCCUAGAAUCACAUCUCUGACAAAACACGUCACUGACAGUUUGGAAUCACUCUCCUUAGUUCUUGACACAAUGACAGAUGAACUUGUUAUGCUGAUCACCAGUAACGUGCAUAACUUAGUUGAACUCUGCCUGGAAGAUGAACCUGUUACCCAACCAAAUUUGCCUGAAGAUUUGACCAAUGUCGGGCUUCAAGCACUUGGCUUGUGCCACAACUUGAGACAUUUAUCUCUGACACGUCGCUACUGUGACUUCAGACGGGUGAACGACUUUGGGAUACUGAUGCUUGCUGAAGGAUGCAAGCAACUCAGAGCCAUUAGAUUGAGUGGGUUUUCUAAAGUAAGCGAUGCAGGGUAUGCAGCCCUUCUCCACUCUGGCAAGGACCUGAAGAAAUUUGAGGUUAGUAAUGGCUUGUGCUUGUCAGACUUGGCGUGCCUUGAUCUUGAUAAGGCAGCCCCAAACAUCACAGAAGUGAGGUUGCUUAAUUGUGCUCUCCUAACAAGUGAUACAGCAAUAUCUCUCGCACCCUGCACUAACUUAAAGGUUCUUGAUCUUUCGGGUUGCAAGAGCAUUGCAGAUUCUGGCUUGGUUUCCAUCUCACAGCUUCCCAAGCUAACUCUCCUGGAUCUUGCUGGAGCUGAUAUCACUGAUGCUGGUUUAUCAGCACUCGGAAAUGGGAGAUGCCUGAUAUCUUCUUUGUGCUUGAGAGGGUGCAGAAGGAUCGGCAGUAAUGGAAUAGCUUCACUGUUGUGUGGGACUGGCACCAUCAACAAAACUUUAGUCUCACUUGACAUUGGGAAUGUACCAAGAAUAUCAUGUCGAGCUGUGACAGUGAUCGCCAAGAACUGUGAGCAGAUAAACAGCCUGUGUCUGCGGAACUGCCUCCUCAUAACUGAUUCAUCUCUUGAGGUGCUAGGUUCAAUGAGCCGCGACUCCAGUAAAUGUUCCCUGAGAAUGCUUGAUCUAGCCUACUGCAGUAAGCUGUCUCGUAACUUCCUGAGACUCUUUGAGCCACCAUUGUUUCGAGGCCUGCGGUGGCUUGGCAUCGGGAAGAAUGUGGUUCAACGUCGUGGCUGCAGUCCAACGGUUGCAGAGCUUCUGGAGCGGAAGCCAGGAUUGACAAUCUGUGGCAACGCGUGCGACAUGGGCUGCAGGAACAAGUGCCAUCCUGAUAUUCGUUUCCUUCAGUAGAUGUGUUGUUAUUUGCCAUUCAAGUCAAUGUUGUAAUGCUCUGUCCAUUCUUUAACAAAAACUAACCUAGGAUUAACAAUCUGAGGCAACGUGUGUGACAUGGGCUGCAGCAACAAGUGCCAUCCCGAUAUUUGUUUUCUUCAGUAGAUGUGGCGUUAGUCAUUUGAGUUUAUGUUGUAAUGUUCUGUUCAUUCUUUAACAAAACUAAACUAGAGCAUUUGUGGUGUGUUAUUGCUUGCAAUGAGAAACCAUUCAUUAUGUACUUGGUAAGUUUCGUUUGUGUGAUUGUUUACAAUGAA